UCCUCGAAGUUGUUCGGCUGCGCGGACGAACGUUGGAUCGUUGGGUUUGCUGAACGUAACGAGGAGAAAAAUGGCGAUGGCAACAACUCAAGUUAAAGGAAGCGGUUGGCCAAGGCGUUCAAGUAACAGUUCGUUUGAAGGGAAAGUGGUACAGAACCAGUCUGUAACUAUCAACAGGACAGUUAAUUUAUAUCCUUUGACAAACUAUACAUUUGGAACAAAAGAGCCACUCUUCGAGAAAGAUCCGUCGGUACCAGCAAGGUUUCAGCGCAUGAGAGAUGAAUUUGACAAAAUUGGAAUGCGUCGCAGUGUAGAAGGAGUUCUGUUGGUACACGAACACGGAUUGCCACAUGUUCUCCUUCUACAAUUGGGAACAACAUUCUUCAAGUUACCCGGAGGAGAACUAAACGCAGGAGAAGACGAGGUAGAGGGCCUAAAACGGCUCCUUACAGAGACAUUUGGACGUCAAGAUGGAGUCAAACAAGAAUGGGUGAUAGAAGAUACCAUUGGAAACUGGUGGAGACCUAACUUUGAACCACCUCAAUAUCCGUAUGUACCGCCACAUAUCACCAAGCCGAAAGAACACAAAAGGCUAUUUCUGGUUCAGUUACAAGAGAAAGCUUUAUUCGCAGUACCAAAAAAUUAUAAACUAGUCGCCGCACCAUUAUUCGAGUUGUAUGAUAAUUCACAAGGAUACGGUCCCAUCAUUUCCUCCUUACCACAGUCACUGUGCAGAUUUAAUUUUAUCUAUAUGUGAAAGAGAAACUAACAUAAGUGAGCAAGUGGAGUAAUUUUAUUUAAGUUAACAAAAAUUACUAUAAAUACAUGUAUGUAUGAGAUGACGAGUGAA